UUAAGAAUAACAAAAAUGAAUCUUUAAGUAUACUUUAUAUGUAUAAAAUAAUUGAAUCAUACAUUCUUUUUUACUUUAUACUUUUAUUAAUUUGGUAUUAAAUCAUGAGCAGUUUCAAUGUCAUUUAAAAUAAUUUAAAAACAAUUAAUGGGGGCUGGAGAGAUGGCUCAAUGGUUUGGAAUGCUUACUGCUCUUGCAGAGGAUCAGGGUUCAGUUUCCAGCACUUACAUGAUGUGGUUCAAAGCCACCUGUAACUCCAGGUUCGGGUGUCUGAUGCCUUCUGGCCUUCUUCGGUACCUGUAUGCAUGUGAUGUACAUAAACUCACACAGGCACACACACAUAUAUUACAAAAAAGAUUAAUAGAUGAACAAUAUUUUUGUGGAGAUAAUGUAAUUUAUUUUAGGUUAUCCUUCUAUUUUUAUGUCAAUAACCAAAACAUAAUGAACAUUUUUAUAUAUCUUUUAUAUAGUUACUUCUUUAUGUUCAAUACCUAUGCUGAAAUUGAUUUCUUAAAAAAAAAAAUUUAUUUUAUUUAUAUGAGUACACUGUAGCUGUCUUCAGACACACCAGAAGAGGGCAUCAGAUCCCAUUACAGAUGGUUGUGAGCCACCAUGUGGUUGCUGGGAAUUGAACUCAGGACCUCUGGAAGAACAGACAGUGCUCUUAACCGCUGAGUCAUUUCUCCAGCCCCUGCUUUGUUUGUUUGCUUGUUUGUUUUUAAUGAUUGUAUUUGUGUGUGUGUGAUGGGUGCAUCAUGUAUAGAGGUCAGAGCAUAUACAGAUCAGGGGAUAACUUGCAGGUCUUCCUUUCUACCACGAGGGUCCAAGAACAUCAGGCUUACAGCUAAGUCCCUUUACUCACUGAGCCAUCUUGUAGGCUGCUUUAUUCUUUUGUAGGGAUUAGGAUGACCUAACAAGCCCCCGGAUGCCCCCAGGUUCCUUUUUCAGCUUGGGAUGGAUGCUUAACUGACGUGGGACCUGCUUUGGGGCUUAUCUGCCUUACAAGACUCUGGAUUUGGGGUUUGACUCUGGGCAGCAUUUGUUGAGGGAAGAAGCUGUGAGAGAUCACAGCUGUAAGCAGCAGGGUAGGUUCAGUUCUGGGCUACAACUCUCAAAGGGAAUUCUUAUUUUUAGGUCCUGAAAAUUGAAAGCAAGCCUUAAAAAGUCACUGAGCAGGUAAGAUGUAAGCUAUCUAGUUCAGCUUGAGAGUAGCCAUGUUGAGACCAGUUCUAGGGAUACAGAGAUGAUUAAAACACUGCACCUGGCCCACAGGCUCACAAUCUGAUAAGGGAGGCAUACAGGGAAAUAUGUAUUGACCUUGUACUGAUGAAGAAUUAUAACUUGGGAAAGUACAGGGUUAAAAAGAACGCAGAUGAGAUUUUAUGUUUCUCUUUCAACAAAAUUUAUACAGUAUAUAUUCUUAUACACAAAUAUAAAAUUUAUUUAUUUUACUCUCUUUCCCCUUUCCCUUCUGUAAACUUAAAAUUUAUUCAAAUAUCCUAGAUCAAAAGGUUUGUACCUUUGUGUGCAGGGAGGUGUGUGAAAGGAGAAGGAUAAUUUAACAAAACAAGAAGUAGAAUUUGUUAGGUUUUGUGACCAACUGUCCAGUAGUGAGUGCUAACAAUUAAAUAUGAUAACCAGAAUCUGGAUUAGGCACCUGUUAGAUGAUGAUGUCACUGAAUCUCUCUCCCGCCCCCAUUUAAAAUUCUGAGAUGAGACUAUUGGUAUGUUGCCUACAUUGGUAUGCUUCCAACUCCUGGACAAUAGUGAUCCCUUUGCCUCAGCCUUUGAAGUAAACAAAUAUACAAGUGGAUGAAGAGAAGCACUCCUGGCUUCACCCAAAGUUUAAAGAGCAAAGAAAAUUCUACUAAAGAUGAUCCCAAACUUCCAUGAAAACAGUCUUACAAUAUUGAUUUUCUAAAGGAUGUCAAUUCUAUAGACAUGGAAGUGGGGAAUUCUACAGGGGGGGGGCGUUAAGCUAUACUUUAAAGUCAUCGGAGAGUGGUGGAAAUCAAUGCAAACAGAAAGUGGCAGAAUCAAGACAACUGACUUCGAGUUGAAGUGGUUUGAAACAGAAAGAGAUCUUAGGCAGAAGAAAGGAGGCAGGUGAGAGAUAGGUCAGGAGCUGAGAGUAAGAUGAGGAAGCAGGAGGGGAAACAGUCUUGGAUGAAAUGGGAGCAGACAAAAGGAGACCUACUGUGGGUGCAUGCAUGCCUCCUGGGUAGUUGGUUCUCUCCUUCUAUCUUGGGGUUCCAGAGAUAAAACUCAGAUCACUAGGUGUGGCCCUUUACCCACUGAGCCAUCUGGCCAGCAUAUGACAGAACGAUUUUAAGCAAGUUACUAUCAAGCAGCUUCCCUCAGCAAGAGUUUGAAUAGAAGGGAAGAACGUGUGAGGCAAGAAGAAACUGGUCCUGGGAACAAAUGAAUCAUCUUCAUGCUGUAGCUACACCCUAGACGUCCUGAUUAUUCACAAACAAAUGUAGGUUUUCUGCAGUGGCAGUGAGCUUGGAUUGGAAAGGACAGUGCCAAUGUCAUGUCAGGGAGCCAAACUGAUGGAAAUUAAAGGGCCCAUGCUAAAGCACAAAUGGUAUCAAUAGCAACUCACUCUAACAGUGUUCUCUUGUUACUGUAGAAAAGACUGCUAUCAGACAGGAGACCCUAGGUUAUAGGGACUCCUUGCGGCUUUUCUCUCGGUUGGAUGCCCCUUGGUGGUGGUGCCGAAGUACUGAGUUCUUAGAGAUGCUGUGAGGAUGAAUCACCAUUUCCUCCGAGCUGGUUUCUGUCGUUACAAAAAGGGGAUAGUGAUUGUGUGUGUGUGUGUGUGUGUGUGUGUGUGUGUGUGUGUGUGUAAUGUGACUCAGAGAUAAGUGGCAAAGGCAGACUUGGGACUGUACAGGAACAGCUUUCAUUGAUGAGAAAAGAACUGCUAGGUUAUAUUUUUCUCUGGGUGGCUGCUCAAUUAUUACUUGAACAGCUCCUGGACUCCUUAUGUAAUUUCCCCAUGUCUUGUUACUAUUAUCCCAUAAUCUAAGGUAAGGCAAGAUUGCUUAUAAUAUUUUAUAAUAUUUUCAUGCAGGAAAAAUGUGCUGGUUCUAUUUUGAUAUCUGCUGUGCUGUAGAAUGUCAAAGGAUCCAGUGUACUAGGUUCUCCUCUUCAGAGGAGGAUGUUACAUAAAUGCACGAGUGAAAUUCAGGGAAAUUUCACUUAGACCAGGAUGAUGAGAAUGACCUUUUGAUAGGAACACACACACACACACACACACACACACACACACACACACGCGCACACGCACACACACACACACACACACACACACAGACACACACGAGCGGGGUUGGGGAGUGUGGUGGGAUAAACACACACAGAUGGGCACAAUCUCCAGAUUAAGAAUGACUAAGUAAGUGUUAGGGUGUUCUGGAAUUAACAAAAAUUGGAACUAUAGGCCCGUCCUUCCAUCCCCAACCUUCACAACCAGCUAGGCAGGCAGGAGAAAACAGAGGUUCAAAAAUAUUACAUAACUUGCCAGGGUCAUAAAACUCUACAUGAUGUAACUGGAACCAGUGGCAUCAGGAUCUGCCUGACACCAAAGUCCUUGCUUGUUCCAGUAUAGCUCCCAGAAACAAAACCAACCAACCAACCAACCAAACAAACACAGUAUUUGGGAAUUUGAGGGACCAGGGGAUUUAAAAUUUUUUUUUUCUUUUUCCUAUUUCCCUUCUGACAGUCUUUAGUUGUGACGUUAUGUUAGCAUCCUAGAGGCUGGGCAAGAUCAAACAGGAGGCAUUUGUAAACAAAAUGACUGCAUAGCCUUUAAUAUAACCACAACAAUUUCCUUCUUUCAGAGUUUUUAUCUAGGAUUUGAUAAGGGGUGGGUGACCCAGAAGUGGUAGAGGUGGUGGCCAGGGUUAAGUUAGUAAAAGGAUGAGUCUUUUCUUACCUUUAAGUUGUUUAUCGGUUUCAGGACAACCCGUUGGUUAUUCUCUUCUCUUUGUCAGCGUUUUUUAAAUUUUGUUUUGUUUUGUUUGUUUGUUUUUUGUUUUCUCCCCCCUACUUUGUAGGUAAGGAUAGGGUUUAAGGAAUUCUAUAGCACAUUUCUGUAGUGAAUCUGCACAGUAGCUCCAAAAAAGUUGAGGUCAAAGAUGAUUCCUUUAUCUGCUUUGGGAAGGGAUUGUGCAUGUGCUUAGGAAAAGAAAAAAGGGAUUUGUUCUGGGUCACGCUCCUUUCAUACUGACGCACUGAGGGAAUUAAAAGGGACCCCCUGUCUCCACGAGAAAUGAACCGAGAUUCCCUCACAUUCCCGCUCUCGGAGACGAGUGACGAAAGCAUUCACAUACCUUCUUGGAGGGAAGAAAAAGGAUCAAAGAAGACAUUCUGGGUCAACAGUCCUGGCCAGCGGCACAGCAGGCAUCAUGAGCAAGCACAGAGAAGACUGCUUAAGGGGACAGAUGAAACAGUUUCUCCUACUUUAUUGGAUACAAAGUGGAAUAAGAUUUUAGAUCCCUCUUCUCACCCAUUGUCUUUUAACCCUGCAUUAGCCAGUGUGAAUGAACCUACAGUUUCUGAGACAGGACCACAGCUGAAAGUCUUCUCUCUGGCUGGCUCAGCUCCCCUUACAAAGGAGGACAAAGAUCCCUGUGCUAACGGACAGGACUGUAGUCUAAAUCCAGAGACUGACACCAUGUGGAUUGAUGAAAAUGCUGUGACAGAAGACCAACUAAUUAAGAGAAACUAUAAUCAGGAUGAUCAAUUUAGUGCCGUUGAAGUGGGAGAGGAGAAAUGUGGAAGCCUCACUUGUCUGCCAGACGAGAAGAAUGUUCUGGUUGUAGCUGUCAUGCAUAACUGCGAUAAAAGGACAUUGCAAAGCGAUUUGCAGGAUUGUAAUAAUUACAAUAGUCAAUCCCUCAUGAAUUCUUUUAGUUGUUCACUGGAUAAUGAGACUAGACAAACUGAUCAAUUUAGUUUUAGUAUGAAUGGGUCCACGGAAAAAGGUAUAAACUCGGAGAAACAAAUGGAUGCUUUGAAUAAACCAAAACCAGAGAGGGAUUCUGUGAAUCAUCUCUGUGCGGCUUCAUCUAACAGUGCAACCAGUAUCUCUUCCCCUUCACAAUUGAAGGACGGUGAGAAUGUGGGUAGAGACCCAUCUACAUCUACAGUUACAAGCUUAGCAGUUAAUUCAUCCCAGGGAAUGGAUGGAGGGCCUGCCAUUAAACAGCAAGGAAAUUAUAUGCCAGAUGAGGAUCUUUCUGGCAUGAACAGCUCUUCCAGGACAGACCUAGGGAUCUCCAACUCCUUUUCCCACUCAAGUGGAGAGCUCUUAAUAAAAACAGAGCCAGCUGAGGAGAGGACAGCUGAAGACUCCCUCCCAUCUGAUUUAUCUUUGAAUCUCAAGCCGGAUACUCCUGCUUUAUCUGGAAGGGACAAUUGCGAACAGUCUUCAGACUGCCUUGGGUCUAGUGAAACUAGAGCUGAUGAAGAUGAAGGUAAUGACUCUCAGAUGACUAAUUGGAAAUUAACGAAGCUAAAUGAGAUGAGUGAUAGCCAAGUGAAUGAAGAAAAUCAAAUGGCUUUACAGAGUAAUCAACCUGAGGACACUAAUAGUGGAGGCGAGUGUGUUGGAAUGGCAGAUUCUGAUCUAGAUUUCAAAGGAACUUGCAUGAAUGAGAGUGAAGGAUAUGAUUUCUCCACUGUUAAUGAUGCACCAGCAGCAAAUUCUCUAUCUAAUAGUUGUGAUUCCUAUGGAAUGCAGAGCCCAAUUGUAUCUUUUGUUCCAAAGACAUUACCCUCCAAAGAAGAUUCAGUAACAGAAGAAAAAGAAAUAGAAGAGAGCAAGUCAGAAUGCUAUUCAAAUAUUUAUGAACAGAGAGGAAACGAGAAUGCAGAAGGGAGUGGACUGCUUUUAAACAGCACUGGGAAUGUAAUGAAGAAAAAUUAUUUACAUAAUUUCUGUAGUCAAAUCCCAUCAGUACUUGGGCAAUCUUCCCCCAAGAUAGCAAACCUGCAAUCUAUUAGUGUUCCUUUUGGUGGUGCAAGACCCAAGCAACCUUCUAAUCUUAAACUUCAGAUUCCAAAGCCAUUAUCAGACCAUUUACAAAAUGACCUUCCUGCAAACAAUGGAAAUAAUAGUAAAAACAAAAAUGAUGUUCUUGGGAAAGCAAAGCUAGGGGAGAACUCAGCAGUCAACGCAUGCAGUGCGACUCUGGGAAACAUCUCUGUAACUGAUACAAAUGGGGAACAUUUAGAAACUUAUGAGGCUGAGAUCUCCAGUAGACCAUGCCUUGCACUAGCUCCAGAUAGUCCAGAUAAUGAUCUCCGAGCUAGUCAGUUUGGAAUUUCUGCAAGAAAGCCAUUUACCACCCUAGGUGAGGUGGCACCAGUAUGGGUACCAGAUUCCCAGGCUCCAAACUGCAUGAAGUGUGAAGCUCGGUUUACAUUCACCAAAAGGAGGCAUCACUGCAGAGCGUGUGGGAAGGUUUUCUGUGCUUCCUGCUGCAGCCUAAAAUGCAAACUGCUGUACAUGGACAGAAAGGAAGCCAGAGUGUGUGUAAUCUGUCACUCAGUGCUGAUGAAUGCUCAAGCCUGGGAGAACAUGAUGAGUGCCUCAAGCCAGAGCCCUAACCCUAACAAUCCUGCUGAAUACUGUUCUACUAUCCCUCCCUUGCAGCAAGCUCAGGCCUCAGGAGCCCUGAGCUCUCCACCUCCCACUGUGAUGGUACCUGUGGGAGUUUUAAAGCACCCUGGAACAGAAGUGCCUCAGCCCAGAGAGCAGAGGAGAGUUUGGUUUGCUGAUGGGAUCUUACCUAAUGGAGAAGUUGCUGAUGCAGCCAAAUUAACAAUGAAUGGAACUUCCUCUGCAGGAACUCUGGCUGUGUCACAUGACCCAGUCAAGCCUGUAGCCACCAGUCCUCUUCCAACAGAGGCUGAUACUUCUCUGUUCUCUGGGAGCAUUACUCAGGUUGGAAGUCCUGUUGGAAGUGCAAUGAACCUUAUUCCUGAAGAUGGCCUUCCUCCCAUCCUCAUCUCCACUGGUGUGAAAGGAGAUUAUGCUGUGGAAGAGAAACCAUCACAGAUUUCAGUCAUGCAGCAACUGGAGGAUGGUGGCCCUGACCCACUUGUCUUUGUUUUAAAUGCAAAUUUAUUGUCAAUGGUUAAAAUUGUAAAUUAUGUGAACAGGAAGUGCUGGUGUUUUACAACCAAAGGGAUGCAUGCCGUGGGUCAAUCUGAGAUAGUUAUUCUUCUGCAGUGUCUGCCAGAUGAGAAAUGUUUGCCUAAGGACAUCUUUAAUCACUUUGUACAGCUUUACCGGGACGCCCUGGCAGGGAAUGUUGUGGGCAGCCUGGGACAUUCUUUCUUCAGUCAAAGUUUCCUGGGCAGUAAAGAACAUGGUGGGUUCUUGUAUGUGACAUCUACCUACCAGUCACUGCAAGACCUGGUGCUUCCAACCCCUCCUUACCUGUUUGGGAUUCUCAUCCAGAAAUGGGAAACUCCUUGGGCCAAAGUGUUUCCCAUACGACUCUUGUUAAGACUUGGAGCUGAAUAUCGACUUUACCCCUGUCCACUGUUCAGUGUCAGAUUUCGGAAGCCAUUAUUUGGAGAGACUGGCCAUACCAUCAUGAAUCUUCUAGCAGACUUCCGAAAUUACCAGUAUACUCUGCCAGUUGUCCAAGGUUUAGUGGUUGAUAUGGAAGUUCGAAAAACAAGCAUCAAAAUUCCCAGCAACAGAUAUAAUGAGAUGAUGAAAGCCAUGAACAAAUCCAAUGAACAUGUACUGGCAGGAGGUGCCUGCUUCAAUGAAAAGGCAGAUUCUCAUCUUGUGUGUGUACAGAACGAUGAUGGAAACUAUCAAACCCAGGCCAUCAGUAUUCACAAUCAGCCCAGGAAAGUGACUGGCGCCAGUUUCUUUGUGUUCAGUGGCGCACUGAAAUCCUCUUCAGGAUACCUUGCCAAGUCCAGUAUUGUAGAAGAUGGAGUCAUGGUCCAGAUCACUGCGGAGAACAUGGACUCCUUGAGGCAGGCACUGCGGGAGAUGAAGGACUUUACCAUCACUUGUGGGAAGGCGGAUGCAGAGGACCCCCAGGAACAGAUCCACAUCCAGUGGGUGGACGAUGACAAGACAGUUAACAAAGGUGUGGUGAGUCCUAUAGAUGGGAAGUCUAUGGAAUCUAUAACAAACGUGAAAAUAUUCCAUGGGUCAGAGUAUAAAGCAAACGGAAAAGUCAUCAGAUGGACAGAGGUGUUUUUCCUGGAAAACGAUGACCACCAUAACUGCCUGAGUGACCCUGCAGAUCACAGCAGACUGACUGAGCAUGUCGCCAAGGCAUUCUGCCUCGCCCUCUGCCCCCACCUGAAGCUUUUAAAAGAAGAUGGAAUGACAAAACUGGGACUCCGUGUGACGCUUGACUCAGAUCAGGUUGGCUAUCAAGCAGGGAGCAAUGGCCAGCCCCUUCCCUCGCAGUACAUGAACGAUCUGGACAGUGCCUUGGUGCCUGUCAUUCAUGGAGGAGCCUGCCAGCUCAGUGAAGGCCCUGUCGUCAUGGAACUCAUCUUUUAUAUUCUGGAAAACAUCGCAUAGAUGAGGACUCCAUUGUUUCUGUUCAGACCUGUUGCAGCAGCAGUCAUAUCCAAAUCAUUUGCACUUUAAAACUGGAAGAUUAAGCUUUUUGUUAACACUGUCAGUAGGGAGGGUUUGGGGUGGGAAUAGGACUUAGGGGAGAUGGGGUGGGGAGGGUGGUAGGGGACAGAUGUUCCAUGAUUCUAAGUCUUCUAUGCAUUCUCCAAGAAGACCCGGGCAGCUUCUUACUGCACAACAGAUAUGCUAUCUUUGCAGCUAACUCCCUUCUGUUACUGUCUAGACAAGACUUCUGCUCCUCUCUUAUGAUUACUUCCGGUCAUGUGCUCAGAUGAAUGCUCAUAUGGGCACAACCAUCACCAAGGUCACAAUGGGGGGCAGAAAGGAAAUAAACAAUGAAUCGUCACUUUUGUACUUCCUGUACAGAACUGGCAUAAAAAGACCGCUAUGCUGAUCAUCCUGGUUGCACCCCCAGCUGUUUGUCAUGUUUAGAUUCGUGUUUAUUUGUUCAGAUUACUAACUGAAUCAAACCAAAGGGGUUUCUGGUCUGUUAGCCAGGGAAGGUAACUCAGUAUAAACCAGGGCAUUUGGAUAGAGAAGCUGAGUGACAGCUGGCAAUGGGCACCCAGGGCAUUGUUAUUUACUACACACUAGAAGUAUUUUUAAAGAACAUUUUACUAAGAAAUCUCUUAAACUCCAGGAAAGUUGUACAUGAAAAAAAAAAACAAGGCGUCUUUUCUACAGCCCCACGGACACACGCUCACAGGGACGCAUACACACACACACACGGACGCACACGCUCACACACUAGCACUUUGCCCCUUUGGUUCGUCAGUGCUUGUCUUCCCCUCCUCUAUUAAACUGAGGUAUUUCAGAUUAAGGUGCAUACAGUACAGCCCCUCAUCCUUAAGUCAAGUCACAGUGUCUGGAGGCUCUAACCUCAUACCUGCCCAGAACCUUUGGGAACCUUUCUUCAACAGAGAACUUUCCAGUUUAGUAUCAGACGCUGCACAUAGCUUUAAGCUUGUCUUUAUCUCUUUGUGGCAUGGAAUUUUUUUUUUUUUUUUUGGGCCCUCACAUCCUGGAUUUUUGUUUGGUUUUAGUAGAAAAUACCUCAUUUGAGUUUGGAUUAUUGGCCAGAAACACUUGAUAUCCAUCUGCCUUUCAGAGACAGUGGCAAAGCUCAUUAUCACCAGUACACCAUGUCCAGUUUCCCAACUAUGUAUUUACCCUUUUAGUAAUAACUAAUAUAUGCAGAACUUUUCAAUCUAUGCAAAGAUCUUGCUCCUCAAAAUUCCCCUUCGGUUUAGCACCACUGAUGUUUUCUUGCCUGCACUGCUCUUUCACUAUGACAGCUGUAAAAUGACUUUCUAGUUUCAGCAUGGCCCUUUCUUUAUGAGCUGGAUUUAAUAGACUCAAAACAAAUAAGCCCC